AUGUUGAGACACAGUUUAGUAUUGAUAAAACAACCAGUUAUACUGCUGCCACAGGAGAAAGAGAAAUGUUCCAGAAUCGCAUAUUUUGUUAUUGUACAAUGCAUAUUGGUGUUUGUCGGAUCAGCAACAAUCCACCUUUGUGUUUGGUCUCCCGAGAAUUCGACAGACGACUACGACAAGCUCGCCCGUAUCAUGUAUUUAUAUGAUUCUGAUGCUUGCGGCUACGAGCUGAGUUCAUCCCUUGCGAUCUCCAAUUUGAAAUUCAGUAAUGACACCCAUGGCUUCAACGUUCUUCCUAUAAAGUGGCAGCCAGCUAUUGUUACCGUUUCUACCAGAUUUUCUGCGAAAACGAGGAGGUACAUAGAACUUAGCAUUGCAGUACACCAUAUCUGGAUAUUGUCAGCUAUAAUCCUGAGGAUAUUUGUUGGUACUAAAUCAACCAUACGCUUCGUCAGGUUCUGCCUGUCAAUAUUUUUCUACGUUUCGAUUUCGGUCGUCAUAUUUGACCUGUCCAUGGCCAUCGUUUAUGCUGCUCAUAUCAAGAAGAGUUUGACCAAGGGCAUGAUUCUGAGGUACAGCGGAUGGAGUGUGGAAAUGAAGUUGAAGAAUUACGACGACUUCGGCGGCUGGAUACCUGUUAUAGCGGCUGUCUGUUGGAUGAGAGGCAUCUUUAUUAUGUUUAUAAAUAUUUAUUGCUGUAGGACAUUGCAUUUGAUGAUCAGGGGCAUCCGGAAGAGAGAAGUGAAAAGAAGACUUACGCUCUCUGAAAACUCACCACUCCCGGAAGCGAGGACGGAAAAUCCAAGUGACGAAACUGUGCUAUAUUAUAGGACUGGUGAAUUCGUACCGUAUGUUGAUAAUAAAAGAAGGAUUUGA